UAGUUUCAGUGAAACAAAUAUUCUAGGGGCAAGCUGCUAGCAAUUUAUACCCAAAGAGGUUGUCUUUUCCCAACAACACUUUCCGACAAUAAAGGAUGACUACCAAAGUGGCUGGAAAGAAAUUCAAAUGGUCCUUGGAUUUCAAUACCAAAUCCCGCAGUAGCAGCGGGGACAUCUCAUCCCCGCCCGGAUACAACCCGUCGGCCGACGUAAUUAGCAGCAAGGUGGUCAACCAGACCGACCAGAGUCACCUAAUUCUGAAAAAGUCAUGGGAGAUAGCGCUGGGACCGAUCAAGCAGUUUCCCAUGAACCUGGUCAUCAUGUACAUGUCGGGUAACUCGAUCAGUAUCUUCCCGAUCAUGAUGGUGGUGAUGAUGUUUAUUCGACCGGUCAAAAUGAUGCUGUCGACACAUUCCACGUUCAAAGUUAUUGAGGGCAUCUCGGCGACCGGGCAGAAGUUGGUGUUCCUGCUGGGCAACCUCGUUAACAUUGGCCUGGCGCUGUAUAAGUGCCACAGCAUGGGCCUGCUACCAACGCAUGCGUCCGAUUGGCUAGCGUUCGUCGAACCGCAGGCUCGGUUGGAGUAUUCCGGCGGAGGCAUUUCCUUGCUCUGAGAAGCACGAGAAGACCGACUGCUGGCAAAUGCAUUUUUGAGAAAUGUUUGUAUUUAUUUUUCUUUUUCACUACCCCUUAGAGAAUGGUGUUGGAGGCAUAAAUAAAAAGACGAUCGGACGAA